UCUUAGAUAAUAUUCGUUCUUACUUUUCAGACUGCUAUGACUAUGAAUUGUACAAUGACUUCUUAAAGUCAAGCUUUGCUGCAAACCUUUUUAUCCAAGCCGCUUUGACAUUUUUUUCCAAAUCAGCAAGUGAAGAAGAGCAUGGUUGAUGCGCAUAUGUUCCUGUCAUUGCCGUCUAUUUCCCCAAAUCACCUGUUCCUGUGCACACAAGUUUUUCAGUUCAAACUAGAGUUCUUGAAAAUAGUUUCAGUCCGAGCUAUUUAAUUGAAUUUAACUCAAGAAGUCGCGCUAAGUUGCUUCGAAAAAAUACAGUUUGUUUUUGAGAUGACCGCUACCUCCAAAGACGUGCAAUGUAGCAUUUGCUAUGAAAUGAUAUCGGGAGAAAAAGUGGAAGACCUUCUGCAGUGUCCAUUCUGCUCCCGUGCAUUUCACUAUGCCUGCAUUGAAGAACAGCUAGUUUGUGAUGCGUGCGACGAAAGGGUUCUCUGGCCUCGAACUGGAUCGGAGGAGUAUCUGGACCUCCUCGAAUGUCUCCACCCCAUGUUCGCAAGUGGCCAAUCCUUAUUCGUGAACUUGGACGGUGCUAAUCUGACAGCGGCUUAUUUCGAGAACCAAGGAUUCGAAGUGCCGAUUAAGGUAAAAGACAAAGUUGGCCUUGAGCUUCAGGUGCCGCCUUCUGAUUUCACAAUCGAUGAUGUCAUCAGGUAUUGUGGUCCUGAACUGAAAGUUGACGUCAUCAAUGUGAAGGAGCAGAGAGACCAACAGAUGACCCUGGAACAGUUCGGAGACUACUUCAAACACAAGGACGACACAGACGACAUUUUCAACCUGAUUAGUCUUGAGAUAUCGGAUACGCAGUUGGUGCACAUAGUGAAACCUCCGAGGAUGGUGAAGGAGCUGUCGUGGGUCUCUACCGCCUCUCACGACGAGAUCAAAGAACAGCUCUACUACAACAUAGAUCUGUCGCAGACUGAGUUCUACCCCUUCGGACAGCCACAGGUGCUCAGGUACUGUCUCAUAUCAGCCAGGAACUCCUUCACAGACUUUCACAUUGACUUCGGCGGCACUUCUGUCUGGUAUCAUCUGCUCUGGGGCAAGAAGGUGUUCUACAUGGUGGAGCCGACAGAGAAGAAUCUGGACGCGUAUGAGAAAUGGAUGCGAUUGCCUCACAGAGACAGAACGCACAGUUGUUUCAUCGAAUGUGUGGAGAGAGUGUACAAGUGUGAGUUCAGUGAGGGCGAGACCAUCUUCAUCCCGGCUGGGUGGAUACAUGCAGUGUACACUCCCCAAGACAGCCUCGUGUUCGGGGGAAACUUCCUACACGACUACGGAGUGCCGACGAGUCUGAAGAUAUACGAACUGGAGAAGAGACUGAACAUUGCAGAUAGAUUCACCUUCCCAGACUACGAACUGGUCAACUUCCACGCCGCUAAAAACUUCUGUGAGCUGGUGGAGAGUUUGAGAAGUGUCGGAAGAGUGCCGAGUGAGUACCAUCUGAAAUCCAUGCGCCAAUUAAUUCCCAGGCUCAAAAUGUGGCACGAGACAAAUACAAAAUUGAGACAGGAUCUCAAAGUUUCCGAGGAGCCUAUCAAUUUCAAAAGACUCAUCAAAAACCUGCAGAAAAUCACGAAAAAGUCCAAUUCAGCCAAAGACUUACUUGCAAUGAAGGUCAACUUUUCGCUUCGCGAGGAAGACCACACGGAUGAAGACGUGAACUUCUAUUGUCGGCCAAAAAAACAAAGGAAAGCGCCGCCUACUGUGGAAGUGAAAAAAGAAGCAGGGUCAUCAGAAGAAGAAGUUGCGUCUAAACUGGUCGUGUCCUCAUCCUCAGAUACUGAAAAGUUUGACGAUUCCACGGAUGAAGAAACAUCAAUGCAGAGAAUAGACCUGAAGUUGAAGGCCAAGCUAAUACAUACUCUACCAGUGCAGAAGACGACCCCCACCAAAAAGAAAGACGCUUCAGCGGACAAAGACAAGCAGCCGAAGUGUAUUGGCGGCAGGAAGCGAAAGAUGAAAGAGGAGAGCAGCGACUGCAAGUCAUCGGAAACUCCCGAGAGUGGUCUUGGAAGUCAGGUGAAGAGUGAAGCCAGUGCUAGCUCGAGUCAAGACGAAGAAACGUAUUUUUCAGACUCGAAAAACAACAAUUUGCCCUCAAAAGCAAGCAGCAAAAAUUGUUUAAAGAAGGCCAAGAAAGGAUGCGCCACACCCAAGCAAAGACUGGGAAAACUUCUCAACAUAAAAAUGCGAUGAUGAGUGCAGUAGUUGUUAAAUUAUGCAGUCAUCAUGCUAGUUCAGUUAAAAUGUGAUUGGUUAUUUAUGUACUGCAUUUAAAUGCAGAUGCGCUAUUCCUAUUGGUCGAGAGUUAGAUUGGCCUGGCUUCGAGAAGAUGUUAAGGCUUUAAUGGAAAACCGAGUUGCCCUAAUUGUGGAGUUAUUUAAUAUUCAGAUUCUUUCAACAUGUGUCAAGUAUUUUUGGUCAAAGAUAAUUUACCCCGAAUGGAAAUACAGGGCGAUUAAAAUCAGUCUUGCAAAUUCAACAAAUUGGUCAAUUUCAAUUCCCAUAACUUUACCAAAAAUCAUUUACGGUUGAGAUAUUUUUUGAUUUUGAGCUCAAGAAGUCAAAAUCUUUAAUAUGCAAUUAAAAUAGUUUUCGCCAAAAAGUUAUUUCGAUCUUCAAAUUAGUGUUAAAGAACCACGCCACCUUACAAAUGUCGUAACUUGUUUUAAAGUCGGAAGAAUUAAAUUCCUUCAUUACAAUUUCGCCAAUGUUUCAAUGUGAUACUGGUUAAGUGUAAUCUAUGAUAUUGAGUCAAACUAGCGACCUUAUUUGAAGCAAUAUGGAGUAAUUUUAGCGCAGCCGAAAGUUUUUCUAUCAUUAUUGAUUGUAGAUUAAUCAUAAAUAUAGAUAUUGUCUCGAGUUUUAUUAAUUCCCUACAUUAUUGUCAGAUGUUGUAGUUUCGUUUGUUUCAAAAUUUGUACGAAUUCUACUUGUUAAAAAGAAG